UUUUCUCUACAAACAAAAACCUCUCUGUUUCUUUCCUCGCUUAAGAUUUUUCAGUGACAGAAAAAACUCCGGAAUUUAUUUUAGUCUUCGUAAUAUUUCGAUAGAAAAAUGUUUUUGGUGGAUUGGUUCUAUGAUAUAUUGGCAACAUUGGGAUUAUGGAAAAAAGAAGCAAAAAUCUUGUUUUUAGGGCUUGAUAAUGCUGGCAAAACUACUUUGCUUCAGAUGCUCAAAGACGAGAGAUUGGUGCAGCAUCUUCCAACACAACAACCAACAUCGGAGGAAUUGAGUAUUGGAAGGAUUAAUUUUAAGGCUUUCGAUUUGGGUGGCCAUCGAAUUGCUCGUAGGAUUUGGAAGGAUUAUUAUGCUCAGGUGGAUGCCGUAAUCUACAUAGUCGACGCAGCUGACGGAGAGAGGUUCGAGGAGUCAAAACAGGAGCUGGACGCACUCCUUUCCGAUGAGGCACUAUCUAAUGUCCCGUUUAUGAUAUUAGGCAACAAGAUUGACCUCCAAACCGCGGUUUCAGGGGAAGUGUUGCUGCAUGAGUUGGGUCUCACAUAUUGUACCACUGGCAAGGGUAAAAAUGUAAAUUCCCUGGAGGCUAAUAAACGCCCAUUAGAGCUUUUCAUGUGCAGCGUUGUUCGUAAGAUGGGCUAUGGGGAGGGUUUUAAGUGGGUCUCUCAAUACAUAGGUUGAUUCAUUCAUUUCUUGUUUAUAGCUAGCCUAGCUUAUUGUUCUUGCAGAGUUGUAAACAUCGAUUUUUUACGUGCAUUAUCAAAUUUCACGGUUUAAUUUGUCUA